AAUACAUGUGAUUAUGAGUAUUAUUAUUAUUAUUAUUAUUAUUAUUAUUAUUAUUAUUAUCAUUAUUAUUAUUAUUAUUGUGCUAGAGCUAUUAUGCUUCUGUAAAAAAGAUUCAAUCGUUUUUAAGGACAUUAAAAAAUUGCUUUUAUAAUUUAUACUCCUGCCUGUGUGGGCUAAAGGAAAACUAUGAAUCUGUGAUUUAGAUUUAUUUAAUUAGAUAAAAAUGGCUGAAACUGGAGGUUUGUUUGGAGCAGAGAUUAGAGAUGAAUUCCAGCUAAGCAAGGAGCUAGUUCAUCUCAAUCACGGCUCCUUUGGUUCUGUCCCACGCUCUGUGUAUGAAGCAAGGCUGGAGCGGAUGAAAGAGCUCGAGAUCUGCCCGGAUGAUUGGUUUAGAUACAACUUUGUGCUACUCGUUACAAAAGGAUCCGAAACAGUCUCGAAACUAAUCGGUUCCUCUUCAUCAGAAAAUGUAGUAUUUGUAGAAAAUGCUACCGGUGGCAUUACAGCUGCGCUACGGAGCUUAGGCUUAAAAAUGCAAUCCAAAGCCGGCCUCUUGGUAACGGGUCUUUCUUACGAAGCAAUAAGACACACGGCACACAAAGUCUGCGAAAUUGAAGGUCACUUUGUUCUUCACACCAUCAACCUUGAUCCACCGUACAAAGAUAAGUUUGAAGUAGUCCAGAGAUAUCGGGACUAUCUCUCGUCUCAUUCCGACGUCCAUGUUGCUAUCGUGGAUCACAUUACUAGUCCCAGUACUCUGUUGCUCCCAGUUAAAGAGAUAGUAUCUGUAUGUCAUGAGUUCGGUGUGGCUGUAAUCAUUGAUGGAGCUCACGCCCCAGGACAAGUGGAGAUUAAUGUGGAGGACAUUAAUGCAGAGUUUUAUACAGGUAAUCUACACAAGUGGUUCUUUUGUCCCAGAGGUU